AUGUUCCGGCCCUAUAGUAGUAUCCAAGAAAAGGAAAGCCGUUUCGACGAGAUUACAGCAAUUUUACCCAAAACUCAAAGAGCAUUAAGAGAAGAAUUCAAAUAUGUCACUAUGUCAAAAGUUCAGAAUGCCGUAUUAUCACAAGCUCCAAUCGAAGGAGACUUGUUUGUAAAGGCAAAGACAGGAACUGGAAAAACUUUGGCUUUUCUAAUACCAGCAAUAGAGACCAUGCAUCGAAAGUCUCUUCCUAAAAGUGAUGGUAGAAUGGUCUCAGUUAUGAUUCUUUCUCCGACUCGCGAGUUGGCACAACAAAUCGCAACAGAGGCAGAGAGACUUACGCGUUUUUAUGGCUACAGAGUUCAUUGUUUAGUAGGUGGUGAACGAAGGGACGCACAAAUCAGAAGGUUGAUGCGCCACAGAGUUGACAUAGUUGUUGGUACCCCUGGAAGAGUUGAGGACUUGUUAUCGAGCCUUCCACACUUCAAUAGACAAUGCAUGGAAAUUAAAACCUUAAUCCUCGAUGAAGCGGAUCAGUUACUAGACAUGGGAUUUCGUGAAGAUAUUGAGAGGAUUAUUCAAUAUUAUCCAAAGGAUCGUCAAACGUUUCUAUUUUCUGCUACAGUUUCACCACAAAUCCGACAAAUUGCCAAAUUUGCACUUAAAUCAGAGUACACAUUUAUUGAUACAGUUGAUCCGAAUGAUGUAAACACAAACGUUCAAGUAAAGCAAACAUAUGCUAUCAUCCCUUAUCAUUUCCACCUCAUUGCAAUCCGCAAAAUUAUCAAUGAUCACAUGAAACAGCACAAAAACGGAAAAAUUAUGAUAUUUCUGCCAACAAAAAUGUCAACCAUACUUUACGCAGAUUUUCUUCGAAAUGUUGGUGAUAUUGAAGUUUUUGAACUUCAUUCAGGAAAGACUCAAGAACAACGUACUAAAGUAUCGAAUAGGUUUCGGCAAUCGAGACAUGAUGCAGUUCUCGUUACUUCAGAUGUUUCGGCACGUGGUGUAGAUUAUCCGGGAGUUACUUUGGUAGUUCAAGUGGGUGCACCAUCUUCACGUGAUCAGUAUAUCCAUCGUUUAGGACGAACAGGUCGUGCGGGCAAAGAAGGGGAAGGAAUAUUACUUUUGGCACCUUUUGAAAAAGGAUUUAUAAAUUGCAUUGAUGACUUACCUAUAAAACUCAUAGAAGGUAUUAAUUCUGAUUUGGAAAAAAGUACUGACUCAAGAGUUGAAAAAGCCAUCGAAAUGCUUGAUGGUUCUAUAGUGAAAAGUGCGUGUAUGGCUUUCCUCGGAUAUUAUUCGGGAAAAAUGAGUUCAUAUUUCAUCAGAAAAGAUGAUUUAUUGGAUUCCGCCUACGAGUUAGGUAAGGCUUUUGGAACUGAGCCAAAUAUAAGUCCCGGUUUACUUUCAAGGAUAGGAUUUGGUGGUGGUAACAAUGGACCAAGAGGAAGAUCGUGGGGAGGGCGUUCGUAUGAUGACCGUAAUUAUGGGCGGGACCGUUAUGAAGAUCGUAAUCAAGGACGAGACCGUUAUGAAGAUCGUAAUUACGGGUAUUUUAGCAAAGUUGGAAAGAAAAAAUUAUUUGUAAAUAAAAGUAAAGGGAGUGCCAAAAAUCAGCUAAUUUUCUAG